AAGAAUAAAUCUUUUGCUAGUGCCAGAGUAAGAACAACUCUUUUUGUGAUGUUAAAACGUAAAUAAUCAUUUCAAGAAACGUCGUUUUUAUUGAGUGAACAGACAACUCAAAAUGAAUUAAGGAUGUGACAUCAUGUGUUCAUCCGUGGAUAUUUUAUGUGGUGUUUUACGAAUCGGAUAAAAAUAAAGUGGUGAAUGAACGUCAUUUGAAUGAUGGUCAUGUAAUAUUUGAUUCGAGGAAAAAUGGCGUGUCUUCGCAGAGGCGGGAAAAAUGAUGGAUCUACUGAAAGCUUGGCUUUCAACUCAUCCAAGAGAAAAUCGAUCAUACAGAUCUACACCGACUGGGCUAAUCACUAUUUGGACAGAGGGCGCUAUAAGCGUAAUAUACAAGAUCUACAAGUUGAUGUCUGCGAUGGCGUCCUCUUAGCUGACGUCAUAGAAGCCGUUAUUGGCACGAAAGUUCCUGGUGUAGUUCGGAAGCCAAAAACGCCAGCUCAAAUGGUGGAAAACAUCACGCAGUGUCUCUCCUUCAUCGGGGAGCUGGGCGUAUCCAUAGAGGGAGUCACUUCGAAAGAUGUACGAGAAGGAAAUUUGAAAGUAAUCCUGAGCUUAUUCUUUAACUUGUCAAGAUACAAACAAGCUCAAAAAAAUUCUAGCAGUGUUGCUUCAAAAAACACUGCUAAUUCAACCGUCACCUCUUCUGCUACUUCAACUAACGUCAACACGGCUGCGGUAGUGAAGUCAGGAAUGGUGCCGCCAUCUCUUGGGAGUGAUAUGCUCUCAAAGCUUCCAUCGCCUUUUCGUCCAUCAAGCGGGCGUAGCAUCCCUUGCCCCAGUAACAAAGAUGCUGGGAGCUCCAUUCCAUCCUCAUCUAAUCCGUCCGCAGUGGCAGGCUCUCGGAAGAACAAGCUGGUGGCGUCAUCUACCGGACAACAAGGUUACGUGGGGGCUGGGAACAAGGGCCCGCCUUCCGUCAACAGCUCGAGGUCGGGGUCGCCCCACACCGCGUCGCCCUCGCCGGCCUCUUUCAUCCCGCAGCCCAAGGGGACCGCGGUCGCCCGGGAACGGAUAGGAAUCGACAAGAACCGAUCAAGGCCUUCGUCUGCCAGUUCCACAUCAUCUAUCCCCCAUCUGCCAGUCAAAUCGAGUCUAGGGUCUUCGAACACUCCAGGAAGAAUAGGGUCUGGAACCAAGAACUCGUCACCCAACCAGAAUUCCAAUUCUAUGCUAGAUAAACUCAAGCUAUUCAACGCCAAAGAUAAAAGCUCCGAAAGGACGAAAGGGAGCGGCACCAACAACAAGCGCACCAGCAGCAGCAGUGGUUUCAGUUCUGCCCGAAGCGAGAGAAGCGAUUCCUCCAACAGUAUCUGCAGUGAAUCCAAGAACGGGACCUCAAACGCGGACUCCUCCAAAGAGUUCUCAUCCCCCUCCCCCACAUCCCCGUCUUCCGCUAAACCACCCCAAAUAGGCAGCUCCCUACCCAAGAGCCAAACGAAGAAGAUCGGCGUCAUCAAACAAGGAGUUUCAAAAUCGAGGACAAAUGAUGGCCAAAAAGAUCCAAUAUCGAGUAAACUGGAACAGUUGAAGGCUACAUCAAAAUUUGCAAAGGAGAAGAAGAACGAAAAAACAGCCGCUCAUUCUUUGGAAAACUUACUAACGAACAAUCAGGGAUCUGAAAAGAAGAGCACUUCGGAUCCCAAAGACAGCGGUUUAAAAUUCCAUCCAUCCAAAUCAAUUUCACAGACAUCUCCUGGAUCUCAGUCAGAUGAGGUGAAAGACUCCGAGGAGCUGUGCACACAGAUUAGCCCUGAUAAUCCAGUUCAGCAAUCCAAAAUAGUCACAAAUCUGAUUGAUAAAUCAUCCAGCGUAUCACCCAGUGCCUCCAACAUUAGUGUAGUAAGCGACGUUACCGUUAUUGAUGCAUCAGCCAUCAACCAGAAUAUUUCAUUGAACUCAGCAGCUCUCUCUUCAAAUAUGGAAAAUAACUGCAACGGUCAAGUUGUAUCUUCACCAAAUAGCAGCAUACCCAAACCAACUCUAGCAGUUAAAGGUCAGACCAAAGUCACCAAGGAAGAAAAACGAUCCCAGAACUCGGGAUCAGACAGCAACCUAUCUACGAACUCUCCACCAAAAUCCAUGAAGGAUCCUCAAGCUGGAACGAAAUUGUCCAGGGAGGACAUAUAUGUGGCUGUCCACAUAGCAGGCCCAGACACUCAAGUGCUGGACACAGGACAAAAACAAUCACCUGAUAAGAGGAAUAUGAAUUUUUCCAAAACAGAUCGUGCACGUUCGGAAGGCAGAAGUGGCACCAACCAGAGUGGAGUUAGCAUUGCCAUGGUGUCGCCUAUCAUGAGCUCUAACCAUCACAUCAAAGACACUAAAAGUAACUCCCAGACAUCUGAAAAACCUGUAAAUGGCAUCGGUAGUGAAGAUGUCAAGCCGCCAAAGUCCAGAUCAACAUCCAGUUUUAAAUCGUCGGAUCCUAUCUAUGAAACUUGCAACAAGAUUGCUUCCAGGGAGGCAGGUGGUGGACUUUCUGGUGAAAAUGCUACAAUCUGGGAAGAGGAAGGCGAUGUCCUGGUUAACAUCAAACCCAUGCAGCCCAUUGUCCGUUCCUCCCCUUAUGGGUAUGUUCGAGGAUUAGCUCCUUUGUCGUCUCCCCGUGUCGUGGGUCCUCGAAUGCAACCUUCUUUACGAAUCCAUUCAGACUAUGGGGAAACAGGACGAAUUAAUUCUAGCAGGCAGUUUCUCAAUUCCUUGGAUUCGGCUCGCAUGUAUGGAGCAAGCAUGAAAAGAGUUCUUUCUGGGUGCAACAGUCUAGUUGAUCCUGACUAUCCGACGGACAUUGAUUCCUAUGAUAUCGCAUCAGGAUAUUUAAGUGAUGGGGAGAUCCUGAGACCUGGUAUCAGUUGCCGGAGUGAUGACAUAGCCAGUGGUUACUUGAGUGAAGGAGGAACACCUGUUUAUUCAAGGAAACCGAUUGGCCGCACUAGGGAUGCUCAUAGAGAACAGAGAAUCAUUAAUGUCUUGCAGGAUGACAGGAAUGAAAUGCAUCCUCCAAGGCAACAUCGUGGGAAAGGCUUUGAUGACAGCAGCUCUGUAAGCAGCGGCGUAAGCGACACUUUCCCAGAACUGAGCACGGAUGACAACCUGACUGGAUCGUCGGUGAGUUCUGACAACAACGUGUACGCCAGCUUGAAGAGAAACCAGAGAAUCAGCUCUAGUCACUCUAAAUCGAUUGCCAACGGUUCAAACACGGCGUCAAAUAUCGACAAAAGCCGAAAGGCGGGGGAGGAGCCUGCAGUCGGCCCUAGUGGCUCGAAAUCCCGGCAGGCCCAUGUCAAGAAAACCGACAGCUCUAUGCAAACUGAAACCAGUGCUUUCCAUCAUGUUUCCUCUUCAUCCUGGAAAAAAUAUCUCCUUCAGCAACAGCAGCAGCAGCAGCAAGAUGCCCAGUCCAACAAAAGUAGCAAAAAGUCCGUCAAGAGUUCCGAUUCCAGCAAGAAAACAAAUUGCAGCUCCAACGGUUCGGAUUCACACCGAUCCAAGCACAAAUUGUCAGUGGUGCCGGAUCCGGAACCGACGGGUAAGAAUCACCCCCUGAAACAGGUCAAGGCGGACAGUUCCGAAUCCUUGGAUCAGGCCGGCCGUAAAACCUCUCGGGCUUCUGCGGUUGCUACGGCAACUGGAUCAGCCCCGCCAUCCCACCCUAGCAAAAAAGCCCCAUCGGGAGGGAGCAGCAAGCAGCAAAGUGGCAAUAACCGAUCCUCCAGUACUCCUUCGUCAGGCAAGAAGGGCGGCGAUGCUGCCCCUGCCGACGAAGUGUCGCAGUGCCAGCCCUGCUCGGAGCGCCACCCUACGGCUGAUCCACACAAUCACCUUCCACCCUCGCGCAAGGGCGGCGGCAACAGCAAAGUCAAAGUCUGCGGCAGCACGCAGACCAACACGGGCGACCUGUACUCCGACGGAGAGUACAGCUCGCUGGGGCGGAAAUACCAUCCGCCCAAGCAGUAUUUCAUGACCACACCAGGACCGGGUACUGGUCUCAAAGAGCGUGUCUAUGGCAGCAGGUCUAUACUCAAUGGUUCGCCUACCCCUCUGUCCGACUAUAUGAUGGUGGGAGGAAGGGGGCCCCCUCGGCUCUCCAACCCUUUGAGGGAUUCGGACAACUAUGCGACGCUGGAGCACGGGCCCUACUCGUGGAUGAGGCACAGCCCUAGCUGUGGGACAUCUGUGACAGGAGGCAGGGGCGGUGGGGCCUUGACAGAAGCAGACAGCAUGGAGUCGUUGUCGUCCACGUCUUCCAGUAUACACGCACAGAUCCAGCACGCCCGGGCUAACAGUCUCACACACGCCCGUCUAAUGCUCCAUCAGAGGGAACUGGCCGCAUCGCCCAGGCUGUCUCGCUCCAACUCCAUCCGCUCCACCAAGUCCGAGAAGCUCGCUUCUUACAUGCUCCAAAGGUCGUCAGACGAUCCCGAGGGUCAAAACACCUAUGCCACCCCUUCGGGAAGCGCUUUCAUGGCAGCCGCCAUUGCCUCGGCCGCGGCAGGGAACACGGGAUCACAGCCAACGUCGCCAAGCUCAGCGCCACAGGGAGGCAGUCGUUACAACAUGUAUCCUCUUUCUCCGGGCACUACAUCGUCUGUUCCUACAUCAAGCAGCUUUUCCAAUCAUGGAAAUAGCAGGAGCUCCAUGUCACCUUACAUGACUGGUUUACUGUCCAAAAUGAACAGUAAAGAUGACGACAUGCAUGGCUCAGCCUUAUCAUUGGUUUCUACAAGCUCGUCCAUGUACUCUACGGCGGAGGAGAAACAAGCGCACGAAAUACGCAAACUGAAGCGGGAAUUGGACCAAGCGCACGAGAAAGUUGCAACGCUGACUUCCCAGCUGACAACAAACGCACAUAUGGUUGCUGCAUUUGAGCAGUCCUUAUCGAAUAUGACGAGUCGGUUGCAACACCUUACAGCCAGUGCAGAGCAAAAAGACUGUGAGCUGAUGGAGUUGCGCAAUACCAUAGAAGCCCUGAAGCAGCAGAGCGCCGAAGCUGGUCUAACCAAGAUGGCCCUGCAGUCGAUGCAAGCAGUGCAGAGAAGUACGGGUGCUACUAACUUAGUCCGAAGGCAUACUUUUAACACUACUAAGGAUACGGCACUUCAAGAACAUAGGAUAUCACGGCAGUUUUCCACUGAUUCGAUGUCCAGUGUUAAUUCUUGUUCCAGUGCUUGUAGUGGAAACAGUGGCAAAUCUGGUGAUGCCUUGAGUGAUAAAAAGAAGAAAAAGAAGGGCUGGCUGAGAAAUUCCUUUAGCAAAGCCUUCUCUCGAAGCAAGAAAAAUAAGAAUGGUUCUGUUUCUGAUGUGGAAGAUCUGAGACACCUACAGUCUGAUUCCUCCACCCCAAAUUCUCCUCUCCUAGGGGCAGGACACACUACGAAUGGAAAUGGGCAUGGCCUCAAGCAAUCUCAUUCCUCAUCUGCGCUUUAUGAAAAAGAGGAUGAAGAUACUCCAGAGGCUGUAAAAGAUUUAAAGAAGCAGCUACAUGAGAAAGAUAUGAUGUUGACUGAUAUAAGACUGGAUGCUCUCAGCUCUGCUCAUCAGUUAGAAAACUUAAAAGAAACUGUAAAUAAAAUGAGAAGUGAAAUGCUUAGUUUGAAACAAGACAAUGACAGGCUUCAAAGGCUUGUUGCCACUAAGUCACUCACUUCAUCCCAUAGUUCCUUACCAUUAAGAAAUAGUUCUGAAAGUCUAGAAAAGAGACUGAGUGCUUCAGAACAUUCAGGUCCUCCUAGUAUUGCUGAAAUGUAUCUAAAUGAGCCUAGAAAUGACCAGGAUGGGAAAUUGGUUAAUGUGUCUGUUUACCUUGGUUGCCACGGAGAUAGUUCUAUGUUUCAAAAGCAAAACGCAAAUAUAUCUGAAGUUCUUAUUGGAAAUAUUUCCAUCAGCUCUAAAACAAAAUGGGACCUCUUAGAUAACCUGGUAAAAAGGUCUUUUAAGGAGUACGUUUUGAGAGUUGAUCCUGUUUCAAAUUUAGGACUCAAUGCUGAGAGUAUUGUAAACUAUCAUGUGGGUGAAAUUGUAAGAGCCAAAGAUGCUGAUGCCCCUGAGCUUUUACCCUGUGGGUAUGUUGUUGGUGACAAUAUGCACAUCAGGCUAGUUUUAAAAGGUACAAAACAACAUUCUGUUGAUGCUUUAGCCUUUGAAAGCUUAAUACCAAAAUCCAUAGUGCAGAGAUAUAUAUCCUUAUUAACAGAGCAUCGAAGAAUAAUUUUAUGUGGUCCAAGUGGAACUGGUAAAACAUAUAUUGCUCAAAAGCUUGCAGAAUACCUUGUUUUAAAGAAUGGAAAAGAAUUAGCUGCUGGUGCUAUUGCUACAUUUAGUGUGGACCACAAAUCAGCAAAAGAACUAAGACAGUAUCUGUCUAAUGUUGCAGAACAGUGUGAAACCAGUAAUGUGUCAGAUCUACCAACUGUGAUAAUCUUGGACAACUUACAUCAUGUAGGCUCUCUGGGAGAAGUUUUUAAUGGUUUUCUUAGUGCCAAAUAUCAAAAGUGCCCCUAUAUCAUUGGCACUAUGAACCAAGCAACAUGCUCAACAACAAAUUUACAGCUUCAUCACAAUUUCAGAUGGGUUUUGUGUGCUAAUCAUAUGGAGCCAGUCAAAAGCUUUCUAGGUAGAUACCUGAAGAGGAAACUAGUCGAAGAAGAAGUUAAAGGAGGCAUUCGCAAUGCAGAAAUUGCCAAGGUCAUUGACUGGAUGCCCAAAGUUUGGCAUCAUCUAAAUAAAUACCUUGAAACACACAAUUCAUCUGAUGUCACAAUAGGACCAAGAUUGUUUUUGUCUUGUCCCAUUGAUCUCUCCAGUUCUCAGGUGUGGUUUACUGAUUUGUGGAAUUACAGCAUUGUACCAUAUGUAUUGGAAGCAGUACGAGAAGGUCUUCAGUUGUAUGGAAGACGUGCUCCUUGGGAAGAUCCAGCUGAAUGGGUUUAUGAAACCUAUCCUUGGCCCAUUCAUCAAAGCACUGGUGAACCACAGCUUUUGAGGUUGAGGCCAGAAGAUGUUGGCUAUGAAGGUCACCCAGGUCCUAGCAUUGGAUCAAAGAAUCAACACACAAAUAAUCCUAAUAAUGAAGCUGAUCCAUUACUAAACAUGUUAAUGCGUCUCCAAGAGGCAGCUAGCUACUCAAGCCCGCACAGCAAUGACAGUGACACAACUAGCAUGGAUAGCCAUGGAAGCAGUCUUCACUCAGAUGAACUCAUGGGAUCAGGACUUGAAUCGACUCUGUAAUAAUUAUCAUUCGCAUGAGAAAUCAUAAUUCUUGCUCUCUAAGUCAUAGGACUGACUUGAUCGCAUUUCUGUCACAUUGAUAGAAAAGAAAUUGUAAAAUAAAUAAAUAAAUGAGAGAACAUGUUUGUAAAAGAAAAAGUUAUUCUGCAUAAUUUGAAAUUGUAAGAAAUUGGUUUUAAUUGUGCAGACAACAAAAUCGUUUUGUUCCUGCAUAUGUAUAGAAAAUGGAAAGAGGGAGAAAGCUAUUUUCCUUCAUUUUUAUUGUAUUCUAUUGGAUUUUAACCUCUAAAGUAAUUCAAUCAAUGUUUAGUUAUUAUUAUUUUUUUAUUUUUUACAAAAAUAAACAUUAAAAAAGUAGCAUAGAGUUACAAGUGACAACAAUAAUGUAAAUUAAAAGUUUAAUAUAUUCAUUAUAAUUUAUCAUUAUUCUAAAGUAGUGUGCAAAAGACUGUUCUCAAGACUUAUAUUUUAGUUAUUUAUUCAAACCUCUUAUAUGUUGUGAAUGCUCAUAUAACUAAUAAUCUAUAAGUAUUUGCAAGAAAAAUUCUGAUUAUCAGUAAAGAAGUUGCCUUUAAAUGUGAUAACUUCAAUCUUUUACUAAAUGUUAAUUAGUUACCAGCGAAGGAAGUUAAUAGUUUGGUCAUUAAGUCUGGAUUCAAUUUAGCAAGAUUCUGUUAGAUAUAAUGAUCCCUUGGAAUAUAAUUCUGUUUAAGACAUUCUUGUUCUCAGUACUAUUAUGUUAAUAAAAGAUAUUUUCAAUAUGAAGUUAUUAAAAAUUAGUUCUAAAGAAGUUUAGUAACUUCUUUCUUGUAAAAAAUAUUACUCUUAAUACUAAUAAACCACGAAUAACCCACCUCAAUGUGUGCUGGUGCUAUAAUUUUUGGCUGAAUUCUGUUUCUCAGUUCAUUUUAUACUGCAAGUAACUGUCAAACUUAACUACACUUUUCAUUUUGCAAACCAAAUGCUUGUGUGGGAUAACUAGUUUUAUCUUUUUUUACACAAAGCGUUUUGUGUUUCUCACAACAAGAAAAAGCCUUGUGAUCUUUUCUGCAUUUUAUAAAAAAAGUUUUUUGAUACAUAUCUCAUUUUUACAUUUUUAUAACACUAACAAAGAGCACUGUAUUUUGUAUGUAUCAGUUUUUUUUUAAAUACAAAUUUCAAUUUCUAAAUAGAAAUAAGUCAACCAGGAAAUUUGAAAGUAAAUUCUUUCAACUUAAGUGUUUGCUUUUGCUUGCAAGUUGUAAAAAAAUCAUUUGCGGGUGACUUUUUACUCUCUAUUGAUUUUCCAAUCUUUGAAAAGUAACUUUGCUUUAACACUAUCUCAUUUUUUUUUCUACUUUUUUCUUGCAAGUCUUUAUGUGUUUAAAAAAAUCAUUCAUUAUCAAAGCAGUGCUGGUAACUGUUCCAAAUACUUUUCCAGAAAAGCAUUUAUAUAAUAUAAUAGAUAUUUAAGUAUUAGUAGUUUUAAUGGUAAUGUGAAAUUGAGUAAGAUCUGUACAAUGUGAUUUAUAGAUAUUUGUUACAUUUUUGUUGAUUCUUUAAGAAUCUUUUACAAAAACACUGAAAUUAAUUAUUUAGUUCUUGUAUAUUUGCAAUUAAUUUUUAAUUGCUUUCAUAACCAAGUUCUGUAUUUCCUAGUUAGCAUGUGAGACUGACAUUUGAUUUUUAUUUAAAACCAAAGACUGUUUUUAUAUCAUAAAGUGUAUAAACUAGUAUAUAUUAUUGCAAAGUAAUUUAAAACUUGCUGUUUAGUCAAAUUGUGAAUGGAAUUUCCAAUUGGCAUUGAUCAUGCAUUUAUGUGAGUUGAAGAAAGCAUAAUUAAAUUUGUAUUAUGUUUUGCUUACUUUGUUGUACAAAAGUUGUAAAUAAAAAUAAUUUUUAAAAUUUUA